AUGACUGCCGACCAAGCCGUCCAGCAAUGCGCAGAGGAUGCUUACUACCGCUUCGAAGACCCCAACGAGUAUCUCUCCUUCGAUCUCCACUUCAUCAGCACCAGUGGUCAAGGACUUGCAGGCGAAGGCGCAGGCUUUUGGCAAUGCGUGCAGUACUUUUCCGAGCAAAGUGAUAGCGAUACUUCCGGGUACUUCAACGUCACCAACUCUGCUGUGAGCAUUGCUUAUGGCUAUUCUUCAGGCCUGUACUCUGAUGCUGCGGCCAAGGCUGCAAAGAGCAAUGCCAAGAGAGCGGUGGCGGAUGGUAGUGAUUUGUAUCCUGCCACAAGGGGUCAAAGGCUCACAUAUGGAUCGCAUCGCAAUUUUACACGUGGCCCCGGGCGUUGA